AGGGCGGGGUGCAUGGCGGCGGCAAAGAGCAGCGGACCCAUAGGAUCCCCUUGCCGGACGCCUCGAGCGCUGAGCAGGGGCGGGCUGUUGAAGCCGGCGUCGAGGUACAGCUGGGAGGGGGCGCCGUACGAGAGUUGGACGAAGGGUAGGAGAGGGCGGAGGGGGGAGUUAUAGAGGCCCGAGACGAUGGCGCUGCGAUCAACGCUGUUAAAAGCGUUGGUGAGGUCGAUCUGCAGUAGGAGCGAGGAUGGUCGCUCGGUGGCGAACGCGCGGGCCCCGUGGAUUAUUGCCUCUCCGCCGGCCUUUACCGCGACGCCGAACUGCAGUGGGAGAAAGUGAUUGCGCGCCCGAUCCGCCAUCGAGAUGAGUCCUGCUUUGGCGGCAAGGCGGUGGAGGCACUCGCCCACGGCGAUGGGGCGCGUGCCUCCGUCGGGUUUAGGGAAGGCGAGUAGGCGGCUGGCUGUGAGGAGUGCUGCUACGUCAGGAGUGGAGUCGCCCCGCAGCAAUUGAGUUACGAGGAUGUGGAGCUUGCUGGCGACGGCGCUGCUGGCGAGGGCUGCAUCGCGAAUGUGUUCGAAGCACAUUCCCGAGGGGCCCGCGCCGACCCCGUUUUCGCUGCGACUCAGUAACCUGGUGAAUUCUGCGAGCGUGAGGGAGGGGGGGACCUCCGACUCGGCGAUGUGUGGCCAAGCGAGUGACUCAGUCAGCGGCGGUGGAUGCUUGGUUUUCAACGCCUCGAGGACUUCCUGUGUUGACUCGCUGACCGGUGUCGAGUCGAGGGCCAGCAGGGCGCGCCUCAGGCUGCCUCGGCGGACCAGCCCCUCGGCUCGAGAUAUUUUGCCGAGGGUGUCCCCUGUGUGACGUGGCGCCGGUGGGUCGUGGAUGGCGUCCACCGCUGCCAGGUAAAGCUCGUGCCAAUCGCCUGCCAGGAACUGCUGGAGCCUUUUUUCCACCGUGGGCCAGUCAGGGUGCUUUGGCGAGUUGAGGCGAAGUGUCAGUCGAGGUGCGAAAAGUAACAGGCGCCAGCCUGGCAGGCUGCCGCGGGAGCUGGGGCGUGCCGUGUGCGUCGCGACGCUUGUCCCCGAAAUGCUCCGUCUCGAGCGUCCCCUUCGGAUCCCUCAGUGCCUGACUCGUACUGUGAUUCCUCUCUAUAAGUCGGGUCCCUCCUCUCCUCCUCGUCAGUUGCUUGUUCCCUCCGUCUCGCCCUUAAAGCCCGUCCUGCAGCCCUCUGGAAGUCGUUCACUGGCCCUCCCCCUGCCAUGAGCUCGUUUGCCCUGCUGCGCUCUCUCCGUUGACCUCCACCCCGUCCCGGGUCUCCUCGCGGCGUUUGUCGCGGCCCGAGGCGCGUCCCUGCCGUCGGUGGGGUGCGGCGGUGAGUGCUCGAUGGGAAGCGAAGGGGGGUUUCGCGGCCGUCAGGGGCAAUCCGCCGAUCUGUCGAGCUCGGCUGAUAGCGGGCGCCCCCAAGAUCUGGCGAGCUUGGCCGCCUACUCCGCGCCGUUGUGGGAGCGGGGGAUCCCCGCUCUCCGAAGCCAGCGGCAGUCGCCGGACCCCGUGUGUUCCCGUGCGGGGAGUGGUUCGGCGGCGCCUGCUCUGCGCGGCGAGCAGGGAGGGACCCUGGGGCCCGAGCGCGCAGAGCGUAGCGGUGGCCCAGCGGGGUCGUCGCCUCGCCACCCGCUGUCUCGGCCGCCGUCACCGCGCCCGCCGUCUCGGCCGCCCUCCCCCUGUCUGCGUUCGUGCUAUUCGUCCCCACGGCGUCCGUCGCGUCCUGCCUCCCCGCGUCCGCCGUCGCGUCCGGUGUCCCCGCGUCGGCCGUCGCGUCAUUCGUCGCCGUCGCCACCAUCCCACGCUCUGCCUCAGCGGCGGACCGAGCCGCUGCCGUUCUUGCAGCUGCCGUCGCGUCGCUCUCCCCCCCCGCAGCCGGCUCCCCGCCGAUCUCCGGGCUGUCUUGGUCCGCCUGCUGCACAGCCCUGGGGGACUCCUGGGGGCGGCGGCCGUGCUGGACCGCGUCGCGGCCGUCGCGCCGGCCUUGCCGCGCGGACGGCGGCUCUUGAGCGCCAGCUGGCGACCAGCGCGCGGACCCUUGAAGGCAUUCUAAGUGGCGUUCAGGCGCUUGCUUCGACCGCGCCGAUGGGAGGGGCUGCACAGACCGCGCCCGGUGCGUUGCAACCGCGUCCGUGUCAUCCGUUCCCGCCUCUCCUCGCCCCUCCGCAUCCGCCGUCGCUGUUUCCGGCGAGUGCGCCCGUGUGUUUCCAGCCGGCGUCGGCGCUCCUGGGACCUCCGCCGUCUGUGUACCGCGGGGCUCGUCUUCCCAUGGCGCCUCCCACCCUGGACACACCGGCGGCCUCCAGUGGAGCGCUCCCCGAGUGGCAACCACCUCCGCAGUCCUUCGUCCCCGAUCACUGGGCUCCGGGGCUUCCCGCCCGUGCGUCGGGUGUGGGGGUGUAUGGGCCCUUCGUGCCACCUCGUCGACUGGCGGUGUCCCCAAAUGGAGUUGAGGAGGGGGCAGAAGCAGCGGAGACGGGGGGGAUGGAGUCGUCGGAGGAGAUCUCCCCCGGGUUCCGUGCCCAGUCCCGGACCCAGCUCCCAGUGGGUACGCGGAGCCAACCGGGGGCGCAGGAGGACGGUCUGCCAGGCAGGCGGCAGACGGGGCAGGUGGUCGCGGUUCCAGCAGCCACGUUCCGUCGGAUGUGCCAGACGAGGAGGGCGUUUGGGCUGCUGGCGGUGGUCGUGGAGGCGACGCACUCCGCGCUGCUGGGGUCAGAGAGCUCCCGAAAGAUGCAGCACUCACACUUGCGGACGAGUUCGGACGCGCUUGCGGACCUCGUGGUGGUGAUGGGGCAAGCGCUGCCCGUGCCCGGCCCGGGAAAUGGCUUGGACCCGGCCGUGGCCGCCGCAAUGAAAGCGAUGUCGGAGAGCAUCGCGUUGGCGUCAGCCGUAGAUCUCGCAGGCAGCUGCGCGUCCAUGCUGCGGGUGCUGGUGGGCCUACUGUCGGCGCAGCUGGAAGAGGCCGCGGGGUUCGAGUGACGGGGUGGCGUCUCGCGUACGUUCGCGGGCGGCCCGCGUCAGCGGCCGUCUGGGAGGUUGGCGAGCGUCCCGUCAGUAGUAGGAGUCCCUCCAUGCUGGUGGCAUUGGAGCGGGCGCGGUAGGGAUUUGUUGUGCCCUUGGGGCUUGGUGCUUGUAUUGAAAACGGAGUAGUCGUUUCCUGGUGUUCUUGCCGUCCCCGAACGCGCGGCCGAAGGCCGCGCUGCGAGCGGCGGCGGCCGGAGGCCGCCGACGCGAGCCGCUGGCAAAGGAAGGAGAAAUGAGAACUGAACUCAAAACAGAGGAGAAUGAGAGGGAGAGGGCCUUAUAUAGCUUGGGAACCCAUGCUCUCUCUCUCUCGCUCUCUCUCUCUCGCUCUCUCCGCUGGCAAAGGAAGGAGAAAUGAGAACUGAACUAAAAACAGAGGAGAAUGAGAGGGAGAGGGCCUUAUAUAGCUUGGGAACCCAUGCUCUCUCUCUCUCGCUCUCUCUCUCUCGCUCGAGCCGCUGGCAAGGAAGGAGAAAUGAGAACUGAACUAAAAACAGAGGAGAAUGAGAGGGAGAGGGCCUUAUAUAGCUUGGGAACCCAUGC